AUGCAAAAUUACACCACUAAGCAACAAUUCACAGCUGAAAAGUCCAUUGAUGAAGCAAUAUCUUGUAUUUCAAUCAGUCAACCUUCAAUGUCAUCUGUUACAAAAAAGAACAGAAGAGGUGGAAGAGGAUUGAGAAGAAAUAGGACAAUUCAUCAUGGACAGUCAUCAUUCACUGAUCGUUUCUCAUUCAAAACUCGUGCUAAUCAAGUUUUAUUAAGAAAUGAUCAAAUGAUUGCUGACAAUCAAACAAGACCGUCAUGGGGAAGUUUGUUCACAACUUCUCAAAACAUGUCAAAUGCAGAGAAAGAAUCUGCAGAAAGAAUUGGAUUGAAUGAUAAUUUUAUCAUGUCACCAAUUUCUGGUUGCUUUUUGAAGUGGUUUGCUGGUGAUGAUUUGACAAUUGACAGGCAAGCAAUUUCAAUUGUUAAUAAGGUGUACAUUCAAGAGGGUGUUUCAGUUAGUGUUGAAACAAUGAAAGAAUUGGAGGGAAAGGCUAAUGUGGAAAUAGUUGACUUUCGUAACAUUUCGUUUAUGCAAUUAUUAAACGAAACUAGAGAUAAAAAUUGUGUGUUGAGUAUUCUUCCAAUUUCAAACACCACUAACAUGGAAACAGUCAUGUUUCUCAUUAGUGAAUUCAAAUUUAAAAUGUGA